GAUGACGAUCAAAUUUUCAAAUGGUGAUCUCUGUUUUGGUUACGAUGAUUUGACCUUUAAUUUUCGAGAGAGGAGUUACGAAUUUAGUAGAUAUUUCUUUGACCCAGAAAUUGGGUAUUUGUUGAAAUCGGAUAUCGUGGAAUGUGAAAUCUUUCAGGUUUUGGAGUCAUGA